AUGGUCCAGUUCGCCUUCGUGUCCUUGUGGUGCCUGCUACUUUCGUACCUGUCCACCAAGUUACCAUGGCUUAAAACCAGCAUACCGGCUCUCAAGAACAACAUACGCCCGCCGUCACGCGAUGUGAUAAUGACGGCGCUACCUCUCGCCAUAUUCCAACUAGCAGGUCAUAUCUUGAGUUCAAUGGCCACUUCGCAAAUCCCAGUUUCGCUUGUGCACACUAUCAAAGGACUUUCGCCAUUAUUCACCGUGCUGGCAUACCGCUUCCUUUUCCGCAUUCGCUAUGCUAAGGCGACCUAUUUAUCUCUCGUGCCACUGACCUUGGGUGUAAUGCUUGCUUGUUCCACAGGCUUCUCCACGAAUUUUUUCGGCAUCCUAUGUGCGCUGGUUGCAGCCCUUGUUUUCGUAUCACAGAAUAUAUUCUCUAAAAAACUCUUCAACGAAGCCGAGCGUGCGGAGUCAGAUAUACAGUCUGCUGGUCGCCGCAAACUGGACAAGUUGAACCUACUCUACUAUUGCUCUGGGUUAGCUUUUAUCCUGACAUUACCCAUUUGGUUGGUCACCGAGGGCUACCCCUUAUUCUCUGAUCUGAUGCAAGAUGGCGCCAUCUCUCUUACGAACAAAGCUGGAUCGUUGGAUCAUGGCGCCCUUUUCCUCGAAUUCGUGUUCAACGGGGUGUCUCACUUUGCUCAGAAUAUCUUGGCGUUCGUCCUCCUUUCUAUGGUUUCGCCUGUCUCAUAUUCCGUCGCGUCACUUAUCAAAAGGGUUUUCGUGAUCGUUGUCGCGAUUGUUUGGUUUGGUAAUUCUACUACGCCCGUUCAGGGCUUUGGAAUUGCCCUCACCUUCCUUGGGCUAUACCUAUACGACCGCAAUAGCCAUGAUGACGUCGCAGACCAGAAAGCCAAUGCGGACCACUUUCACUUCAAAAAUCCCAUUCUCCCUCUGAACACCCGCGGAGCGAGCAAACUCAGGGGAUCCAAUGGCUAUGCGAUCCCACAAGGGAGGCCUGUUGACCAGCACGUCUUGGACCGUUCAUUUCCCAUCUCCAGUAACUCAAAAAAGGACGACGGCGUCGGUCAUGCACGCCCAAGAGCGAGUAGCAACACGAAAGCUUGGCUGCCACCUGGUACAAAGCAGGAGACGACCUGGCAGUCAAGCGACUCUUAA